AUGGCGGGUGACUCAUUUUCUACCGACUCUGACCUGGAUCUUUCUAGCGACCUUGAUCGCUCUACCAGUACCGACCGGCUGCUCCGCCGUGUCGGUGGAGUAACUCCAUCCUGUUCCUCCGCGCCGCCGUCGCCGGCGAGUUCGUGCUCUGCAGAUAUCGUCGAUCACAUCUACGACACCCUUGCGGAUCUAGACGAAAAAGAAGAGCGGAG